CCACCCCACACCACCACCCCCCCGCCUGCACACAAAGGCCUGUGCGGUUAGGUGGCUCUCCAAACGUGGGGAACCAGCCAGAGCCAAAACGGCAGACUUGCGAUCUUCUUUGCGCCAGGUUCCUUCAUCCGGACCACACCUCACCACAUAGCGUCGAGAAGGUCUCAUCCAUUGUACCACGCAAUGGCUGCGAGCACGGCGACGCCGUUCUCUACCAUGAGCCCUCUUUCUUCCAUGAAUCCCACAUCCACAGAGCACGACUGGCGCUUCCCCCGCAGACCUCAGGACGCUGCCCACAACCAAAGAUCCAAAGCUGAUCGAGUCACCGCAAAUGCACACCCAGGCCAGCCGACCACCGGCCAGAGGAUAACCACCGCCGCAACUUCCUCCGCCCGUCCAAGGUAUCCUGCCCUGCCCUUUGACGCUCCUGCUCCAUACAAUGGCCCUUACCAGGGAUUGCUUCAAGCUGCCGUCUUCCCCCCUUUUGAGCGCACCAGCCCCAAUGUCGUCCAGGGCUUUGAUGAGAUGCAGAGGGAAGACCCCUUGGCUACACAGAUCUGGAAGCUGUUCGCGAGGACGAAGCAGCUCCUCCCCAACCGGGACAGGCUGGAAAACUUAACAUGGAGGGCGAUGCAUAUCAAACUGCAAAAGGCCAAGCAGGCCGAGGAAGCCAAACGGGAGCGGUCGCGUGCUGCGGCACUCAAUGCGCCCAGCGGAAUCGCCCAGCAGUUGCGCCAGUCAUCGGAUCAUGACGCCAUGAACUUGGACGAGUACAUCAACCAUGAACUUGUAGGGACCCCAUCUGGCAUGGCACUUACCCCCGGAUCGGAGAGCGCCAGGCAAGCCGAUGAACGCUCCAGCUACGCCACGGCCUCUGCAAUCCCCAUCAAGCCGCGCAGGGACGCAGCACAGCCCAUGAUUCCGCAAUCUGUUCCUGUGGCCGCACAUCAGCGCGUGCCAGAGGAGUUCGGCUAUCUCCCCCGGCAAGUUAGGAAAACGAGCAUCGAUGAGACAAGCAGAAGUAACCGGAAACGACCUGCCAACUUCUCUCCGCACGUCUCGGCCAUGAACAGUGGCUUUGGAACCGGCGGACUGGACGCUGAUCAAUACUCACUCGAUAACAACAAUUCGCAACAAAACACCAUGGCACAAGCGAACAAUCAGCCAGGUGUUCCAUUUCCCCUGGACACCUUCCAGCUCGACAACGAUCCUAUUAUCACCUCUGCUGGUCCUUUCCAGCCCAACUUUACCUUCUCGCCAUCGACUUCGCCUAUGGUUGCUCAUGAUCACUUCUCUGUUUACAACGGCAACACGAUGCAACCAAGCUCGCUUGCUGGCGCAGACUUUUACUCGCCCCCUGGCUCUGCAUAUCAAUCUGCAGUCUCCACCCCUCACCCACUGGGCGAGGGCGGCGAGGGGUUUUACUUUGCUUCCAUGGAUAUGCGCCAGCGCCAGCAGCCAUACCGGACGGGCCCGUCCGGUAUGAACAACACCCUCAGCCAGCAUUUCAGUUAUCCGAACAGCGGCAACAUGAUGUUCGCCACGACGACCUCGAGCGCCGACCCCACCUCUGCUUUCACUGCGCCGAGUAGCUUUGGUCACAUCGAUCCGUCAACGGUGUUCGGACAGGAUCAUGCUGCUCGCUCCCCCGGCGUUGGCUUGGGCCAGGAUCCGCCCAUGUUUUUUGGGGGCGCCGAGUCGGAUGAUGAGGAGGGCGGAGUGUUUGCUGACAGAAACCUGUCGAUGACCAUAGAAGACAGCUUCGAAAGCUCAAGCUCGUCGUUGGCGUGGGAUCCCACAUUGCCCGGUAACUUUAGCACGCAAGCUGCGAGAUAUCCCGCCGGGCCGCCCCGUAAACAUGUCGCGAUCGGGGGCACGACGACCGAGUUUGUCGAUGCGAAUGGGGAUUACGGUCUGGCUAGAUCUCACUCUCAGUCGUUCCGCACGACCAAUGGACGCCAAAUCAAGAUGCCCCGGACGGCAUCGACACCAGGAUUGGCCAACAUGGCUCAUUCCUUCGGACAAUCGAACCCCAACUCGCCGCCGGGUGAUGCCAUGUUCACUGCUGGCCUCUCAUCCGUAGCAGCCAGCCGGCCUUCUUCACCUCCGCCGGGUUCAAUGCACGGCUCUACCACGAACCUCCAGGGCGCCGGUGGCAACCAAGGGGACAGCAGUGCUCCCACCAUGUGCACGAACUGCGCUACAACCACAACACCUCUCUGGCGCCGGAACCCCGAGGGCCAGCCUCUUUGCAACGCCUGCGGCCUGUUCUUGAAGCUUCAUGGAGUAGUCCGUCCGCUCAGCUUGAAGACUGACGUGAUCAAGAAACGCAACCGUGGAUCAGGGCCCAGUUUGCCAGUCAGCGGAACCAGCACUCGAUCUAAGAAGAAUGCCGCUUCCAGCUCUUCUAGCAACCUGUCGGGCGCGACCGGCCGGAAGAACUCCACUCUUUCCAUCACUUCCAAUGCCAACCAUCCGCCCACACAAGUGAGCACACCUCCGGCUGCCCAACACCGAUCGAACAGCGUUCAUGAUGGCGAAAGUCCCGCGAGCGGCCCCGCCUCGGGGGGCAACACGGCUGGGAGCACCCCUACUAGCUAUCAUGGUAGCGCUGGCUCUACCAGCGGCGUGAUUGGUGGCAAGGGUGUUAUUCCGAUUGCCGCAGCACCACCCAAGAACAUGCCUGGUCCUGGCGCUGCAUCCUUGACCAGAGCCGCGACUCUUGGUUCGAAACGCCAACGUCGCCACAGCAGAUCUGCUGCCGACCAGCCUUCGAGCAGCAUGGACAUUGAUAGCCCCGAGAAUUCGACAGGUUCGAACGAAGCCGCCCGAUCAGUUGGAUCUAGCAGCGGCUACUCCUCAGCCCAUGCCACCAACAGUAUGAGCUUUACCAACGGUAGCAGUUUCGGCGUGUCUCAACGCCCUCCCGGCGGAUCGGGCUCCAGAGGCGCGCCCGGCAACCAGUCCUCGACCAUGUUGAGCGGUAUCGUUACAGGCGGCCAGCCCCAAGAGUGGGAGUGGUUGACUAUGAGUCUCUAAAAAGCCGUGCGUUUCUUCAGGCGCAGGGAGUUCUUACUUGGGCAUUGGAACCCUUCUCAGUCUCCGAUCAACCUCGAGCCUUGGUAAUUGGUUAUUGGCCAGCCUCCGAGUUCGGGCUGAAUCGGAUUUUUGAGCUUUGGUACGAGGCAGACUCUACAGGACUAUCGGAAUCAAUAUCAAAGCAUGGAUUUAUAACCAUGCUUUGUCUUUCUUUUGUUCACGUUUUUCGUGGCUUCUUUUUGGGGUAUUUCUUUUUGUAUAUGGCUUUUCUCUGAUACCACGAUGAUUUUGACCUGGUGCUGGGCAGACAACGGGGAUGGCGUGGUCAAUGACGCUGGCGCGUUCGCUACGAAACAGCCUCGAUGAUGGUAAAGCGUCGCAACGCUCUUUAAUUUCGGGAGCAAGGCGAUUGGUGUGGUGGGAGUCCCUGGGUUACACUGAAUAGAUCGAUCAGGCGUUGCAGAGACGGGUGAGGAGAGAGGGGCGAAGUUGACUGCGGGAAGAAGGCUAGCCGUGAUGUUAUGUUUUUGUAGCAUGGCUUCAUCCGGCCCGCGUUUUCUGGUCUUUUUGGGUACUUUGUCUUUCUGAUGGUGGGCUUCAGCGGUUCUUAUUACACUCGAUCAGGUGCCCAUGGGACUGUUUCCUUUGCAGCGAAAUCUACAACUGGCUGGCAUAUGUUAGAUUUUGGUGGACGCUUUCCUUCUUUUGUCUCCCGGUGUGGUAAUGGGCAUCAACGUGGGCCUCUUUGCUGAUGAUGGGCGAAGUGGGCAGCGGGAUUCUUUUUCAUCAUCUUUUUCCUUUCCUACAGAUUCUUGUUAGACAAUACGGGAUACCCUAGUUCGAGAUGAGAUGGGCGGGAUGGGGCGCGCGCGAGAGAGAGAAGAGACAAUUUUUUGCUGGAAUCCUUCGUUUUCUUCUCAGGGUAGGAAGAAGGUUGCACGCCCAGACACACACGAGAUGGAUGUAUGGGAGGCCACAACAAUGACGAUGAUGGAUCACAGCGGGUCAGAAUAGCAGGAGAGGGCAUGAUGAUGAAUUUCUUUGCGUUGUCCACGCAGGCUUAGGUUUCUUUGCCGACCUUUUUGAAGGGAAGAUUGGCAAUGAAAGGGAUACCUAAUUUCCGACUAGCAGGGAGAGGAAAGCGUGUUGUAGCAAAGCAUAGCAACAGGUAUGGCAAAUGGU